GACAAGCCGUUAUGCACGAGGCAUGUUGUAGAAGAUCAUCGGGAAUUGUUCAUCUUUUCUUCCUGCAAAGUAAAAUGCCUACAGUAACCUUCCCGAUGCUGAUUGAUGUGACGACGACCACUGUCUUUGCCUCUUCUUCUGCGACACCAACCUCAUCCAAUAAAAGUAGCACAUCUUCUGUUCCUGUCGCUGCAAUCGCAGGAGGAGUUACUGGUGGGGCGGUGUUGGCUGUGGCAAUUGUCAUUGCUUGGAUAGUAUGGGGGCGAUCGAUAAAACGUCAAAAGGUGAAGCAGCAGCGGGAAGCCGUGAGUUUGAUACAAUGUUCAACUACGAUGAAAUGGCUCAGGAAAGGUCUUGCAGGACGAAUUACGAAUUACGAAACAUAACACGAUGAAAAAUGCCUCCACUUUUUCGAAACCCAGAAAUUACUCUUACAGACCACUGUUUUGGCCACCUUCCGACACACAAGUCAAAUUUGCGGAUGAAUCUGAGAAGAAGUCUACUGCAGCUGCAAAUCCGACUCACAAAACCCCUUCGCGGCCGAAACCACUGACUCCCCAUGUUUCAUUUACCCCCAAGACCAGGACGACUACCUCAGCUGAGCCUGUGCUUGCCCCGCAGCACAAAACAGUAAGGCCUCCAUCCCCAGCUCUGGUUACAAACCAAGCCCCCAUCCCUGACUCUGAAUAUCCCGUGCUACGCUCUCAGUCAUCAAUCUUUUCACUAAUGGCGGCGUUGGGAGCAAGCGCACAUCGCUUGUCUUCGACCUCCAGCUGGUCGCGGCUUACAGGAAAUCGGAUAUCUCAGGCUACAUCGGGUUCUUCAUACUCCCAGCCCAGUAAUCAGUCUACAGCGUCGGUUGGGAGAGCGUAUUAAAUCAAACAAUGCUGACUGUGAACGUUUUCGUACAAUGGACAUUGAUAUUCGUGAACUUCACUAGUUUAGCGAUAUAAAC